CCGUGUCACGUGUCAGCCAAGAUGGCUGCGCCCGGGCGACUUGAGCGAAGGUUGGAGUGAGCACUCGCGUGGCGGAUGGAGACCGGAGGAGGCAGCGACCGCUGGGAGGAGAGCGUAAGGUACCGGCAUUCCGGGUAAAGGGGUGCAGUAAAAGGCUCAAGAUGGAAAAUCAUAAACCAGAUGGUACUGUCAAGAAGAACUUAAUUGAAAUCAUAACCAGAAAAAUUAACCAACUUCCAGAAGCAGAAAGGAAUCUGCUUGAAAAUGGAUCAACAUAUAUUGGACUUAAUGCUGCUCUCUGUGGCCUAAUAGCAAAUAGUCUCUUUCGACGCAUCCUACAUGUGACACAGGCUCGUGUAGCUGCUGGCUUACCAAUGGCAGUGAUCCCAUUUUUGACGGCACACGUAUCUUACAAAGGUUUUGUAAGUUUACCUUUGAAUACAGGUGAUUUACAUUGUGAAACCUGUACGAUAACACGAGGUGGACUGGUUGGUCUUGUUUUUGGUGGCCUGUACCCUGUUUUCUUGGCUAUCCCUGUGAAUGGUGGCCUAGCAGCCAGGUAUAACUCAGCCCUGCUACCCGAGAAAGGAAACAUCUUAAAUUACUGGAUUAGGAUUUCUAAGCCUGUCUUUAGAAAGAUGUUAUUUCCCAUUUUGCUCCAGACUGGGUUUGCAGCAUACCUUGGGUCUAGACAAUAUAAACUACUUAUAAAGGCUCUUCAGUUACCUGAACCUGACCUAGAAAUUCAGUGAUGGUUAAGCAAAUCUGUACACAAAAAUAAAACUGUAAAAAUAACCUACAUCUAAGUAUGAAUAAAUAAGAAUUGUAAUUUAUCA